CAUGGUGUCCGUGUUCAUAUUCAUACAUCACUGCCGGGAGCGCGCUGGUCUCUCAUGUGCACGUAAUGAACUGCACUGGCCUUUUAAUGUAGCGAAUAAUUCCUCGUUUAAUGGUACAGCGAUUAUUUAUCUGUAUGUUUCCUUGAACAUAGCUGUGAAACCGCAAAAAGAGAGAACCCCAGCAGACGAGCAGCAUGAAUGAGCCCGAGGGACUGCGGUUGAGGAAGCUCAACAGACCUCAGAUCAUCACAGACGAAACCCAUGAACCCCAGCACAAAAGCACAAGCACUUACAGCGGGAAGGUGUUUCGUGUGACAUUACUCAUAUUGGUGGCAUUCCUGCUCUUCCCACUGCUGGUGGUCAUUUUCAUCUUAGAGUCUCCCAUUCAACCAGAUGCGUUCAGUCUCAAUGAACCACCUCUUAUGACUGGCUGUUAUGAGCCCAACUUAAAACUUAGACAAGCAGAGCGACUGUUUGAGGAGCAGCUUAUCGGCCCAGAAUCCAUCGCUAACAUUGGAGAUGUUUUGUACACUGGGACCAGUGAUGGAAAGAUUGUGAAAAUCGAGGGAAGGAACAUUCAUGUUAUAGCAACACUUGGCAAGCCACCAUGUGGUUCUCGUGAACAGGAACACAUCUGUGGACGUCCGCUGGGAAUUCGUGUGGGACCCAAUGGAACUUUGUUUGUGGCUGAUGCCUAUUUGGGUCUGUUUGAGGUCAAUCCUGUCACAGGUGAUGUAAAAUCUUUGGUGAGCACAGGGAAGAUGAUCGGUGGUCGACGUCUGGCCUUUGUGAAUGAUCUGGAUGUAACUCAGGAUGGGAAGAAGGUGUACUUCACUGAUUCGAGCAGCAGGUGGCAGCGCAGAGAUUUCAUGCACCUGAUCAUGGAAGCCACUGCAGAUGGACGUGUGCUCGAGUACGAUACAGAGACCCAGGAAGUUACUGUGAUGAUGGAGAACUUGCGGUUCCCUAACGGUAUCCAACUCUUCCCUGAUGAGGAGUCUGUUUUAGUGGCUGAAACGACCAUGGCAAGAAUAAAGAGAGUCCAUGUGUCUGGUCUCAAUAAAGGAGGCAUGGAUACAUUCAUAGAGAACCUCCCAGGAUUUCCCGAUAACAUCCGACGCAGUUCUUCAGGUGGCUACUGGGUGGCUAUGUCUGCUGUGCGACCCAACCCCGGUUUCUCCAUGCUGGACUUCCUGUCUCAAAGACCUUGGAUUAAGAAGCUCAUAUUUAAGCUCUUCAGUCAAGAUACACUACUGAAAUUUGUGCCACGCUACAGUCUGGUGGUGGAGCUGCAGGACGGUGGAACGUGCGUGCGUAGCUUCCACGAUCCACACGGCAUGGUGUCUGCCUACAUCAGCGAGGCACACGAGUAUAACGGCUACCUGUAUUUAGGCUCAUUCCGCUCCCCUUAUCUGUGCAAGCUGGAUCUGAGCAAAGUGUGAAACAUGCCUAAUGCUCCGACAAAUGCGUCACGAGUCGAACAGAUGGCUCUACUUGAGUCAUUUCACCUUGGCUUCCAAACAAACAGAUUUUGAAACUAUUAACCCUGGCAACACAUCAUCGACAGGAGCACUUAUCAAAUGCUUCCAUAUUAGUUAACAAAUGAACCGAGUUCCUUCAUUUGAUUCCUGUUGUUUUAAUUUAGCUCUGAAAUAUGCUUGAAUUUGUGUUCCAUUAUCCCACGUGAAUGACUUUGUGUUUGCUGCUUUUUUUUAUUUUUAGAAGUGUGCAGUGUAUUAUAAGCUCAUCAAAAGUUGUGCCAUGAUUAUUUUUGAAUCCCUCAUUUAUGAGAACAUGUGCAGUCUCUGUACUGAGAUGUCAUCUGGCACAUAAAAUAGAGCCGACUGUUUUCCUGAUACAGAAAAUUACUUGUUAUAACUUGCUUGGGUGGCAGCAUAGUUUUGGAAAUUGAAAGGAUAUAUUAUAAAAUUAAACAAGUGUAACAUUACAGAAAGCUGUAAUUAUUAGAAUGAAAAUGUGUGAAGGAUAUGGUUUAUUUUUUGAGUGGUUGAAAUUAUUAAUUCCAUUUCAUUGUUUCAUCAUAUUUGUAUAAUAUGUGACUAAAUGAAAACUGCAUUAUUCAUGGCUGAUAAAUGCUGCUGGCUUUGUAGUAUUUAGCAUACAUUUACUCAAGAGUCUCUGAGAUAUUUCCAUUAAUAUUGUAUAUGAUUUCUAAAUUAUUUUCAGCAAUAAUGUCUAUUGCAGUGGUUCUCAACUGGGCCAAAAAUAAGCCCUAGAUCUGUUCUGAUUGGGUGGUGGACAAAAGCAUGGUCUGUUGAAAUAAAACUUAACGAAAAUUUAGUAGCUGUAAGAUUUAAGUAAUUAGGCUUAUCAACUUUUAAAAAUGGAGGGGUUUUUGUUUCUAAUAUCUUUUGUGGUUGUGCAUCCAAUCAAACAAUACAUUAUUUUGGCACAGAUUAAUCUGACACUUGGUAAUAUGGCUAAUACUAAAACAAUGAUUGUUCCAUAUGUUAGGCUGAUCAGUUCUGCAGUUGCAAAAUAGUCAGUUAUCCAAUUCAGUCUGUGUCAUGUUAAUGCAUAUUAGCGUACGCAUUUCAAAAUGGCGCAGAGGGAACAUGGCAGAUGUCAGGGAGAACUUGGUAGGCGAUCAUCAAAAUCCUCAUGAUUCCAGGCUCACUGUCUAAGUUCUGGGGGGAGGGGUAGCAAUUUUUUUGACCUCAUAGGUGGCACUGUCACCUAAUUUGGCAUGUACCAUCAGAUGGUGCUAAUGAAUCAUACCAAGAUUCAUUCUAAUAGAACAAAGCAUAGUUUCGUUGGCAUCCUUAAAUUCACAUUGGUAUGACGAAAAUCAAAGUUCUGUAUUAUAUUUUCUGUGUGGCUCGGUCUAAAGAUCACCGGUGCCAUUUUUUGUGCGAAAAGGACCAAGUUUGUAGGAGUAGUGAAAAAACUAUAAAUAUCACAAUCCAACAUGGCGUCAUUGUAAUGGGUGGAGUUUUUGGGUAAUUACAAUAAUCAUGAGGAGAGAAAUUAGACAAAAUAUUAAUCCAUUUAAGGUUUGACUGACUUCUUAAUGAAAAACAGUUCUAAUAAGUUUGUUGGGUCGCUGCUUAAUGUAAAACAUCGGUCCUGAAAUGAAAGCAGUUGAGAACCACUGUCCUAUCAGAUGCUUGUACCCAUUUAAAUGUCCAUAUACAGUUAUGAAUAUAGGGCAAAUAUGCAUAUUUCACAGCAAUUAGUAAAUGAGUAGUGAAAAUAUAAUGAAUAAAUC